AUGAGGUACGCAUUCGCCGCCGCCGCCAUCGCCCUCGCCACGCCGGCCCUCGCCGCCGUGGCCCAGGAAGACUGCGCCAAACAUUGCGAGAUGGAAAGGAAGAAUUGCCUCGAGACACCCUUCUCCACGACGAAGCGUUGCAGCCUCAUGCACGAGAACUGCAGGAAAGUCAACGGGUGCCCUUCGGUCGUCGGGAGACGCGCGGCGCCCGUGAUUCAGCUCGACAACGACGACGAAGCCUCGCCUGCUGUCGGCGCGACCCCGACCGUCCGGCGGGACAAGUGCGCCUCGGAUUGCCUCGAGGCCAAGUACAAGUGCCUGAGCAAGGACGGGUCCAACAAGUCGACCUGCAUCUCCGACUUUGUCGGUUGCAUCGGCUACAACCCGUACAGCCAGGACCCCGUCGUCGAUCCGACCGCCUGCGCCUCCAAGACGCCGAGCUCGACCGCCGUCCCGACGGCGACGGCCAAGGCCACCCCCGAGCAGUACCGGUGCGCCGAGAAGUGCACGGCGGACAAGGCCAAAUGCCUCGAGCUCUUCAGCCCGAACCUGUCGACGUGCGCCAACACCUUCGUCGCCUGCCUCGGCCACAACAUCUACGACAAGGCCUCCGCCGAGCCCGUCGCCUGCACCGAGGAGGCCGUCAAGAAGAUGCACGCCCACGAGCACGACGGCGAGUGCAAGGGGGAGGCGUGCGCCGGCAAGUCCAGCAGCGGCAGCCCCGCCACGAGCACCGCCACCAGCAUCAACACCGCCACCAGCAUCAGCACCGCCACCAAGUGCGCCGGAUGCGCGCCGGCCCCGACGGCGGCCCCGACCAAGUCGUCGGCCCCGACCAAGUCGUCGGCCCCGACCAAGUCGUCGGUCCACAACGGCCACCCCGUUCCUCCGACCCCCGUCGGCACCGGCGCCCCCGCCAACCGGUGCCUGCCGGCCUGCGAGGACGCCAAGGCCAAGUGCCUCGCCACGAACAAGUCGUCCUGCCCCGGCGACUUCGAGGACUGCAAGGCCAAGUGCCCCGCGAGCAACGGCGGCCUGCCUCCCAUCGUCGCCGGUGCCGGUCGCCACGCCGCGCCCGCCGUUGGCCUCUUGGCCCUCGCCGGUGCCGCUCUCUUUUUGUAG